UAUAACUCCUCUACUUAAACAGCUACCGUAUACCCUCCCUUCUACUUUCAAUCUACACCAUGAAUUUCUCCCUUCUUCUUCUCACAAUCUUCCUUCCCACCGUUCCUCUCUUCCUCUUUAAAUUCAUACACUCAUUCAUAUGGGCCCCAUGGAGAAUCCAACUCCACUUUCAAAGACAAGGCGUUCGGGGCCCACCUCGCCGGUCCAUCUACGGAAACUCGGCUGAGAUUCGCGAUCUGAUUGCGGCGGCUCAAUCCCAGCCGAUGGAUCUGAACCAUCAACUCCUCCACAGGGUUGUUCCUCACUACCAUCACUGGUCGAGGUUGUACGGCAAGACGUUCCUGUAUUGGUUCGGGACGAAGCCGCGGCUCGCGAUAGCCGAGCCGGACUUGAUUAAAGAGGUCUUGUUGAAUCCUAGCGGUUCAUUCAAGAAGGUGCAGUUCAACCCUCUGUCGGGGCAGCUCUUCGGCCAUGGGCUGGUGGGCCUGGAAGGGGAGAAGUGGGCCCGGCAUCGGAGGAUCUGCAAUCCUGCCUUUCACACGGAGCGAGUCAAGGGGUGGGUGCCUGAAAUCGUGACCAGUACUGCAAAGAUGUUGGAGCGAUGGGAAAGUUACGGAUCGACGGUGGGCCACAAAUUCGAGAUGGAGGUGCACAAAGAGCUCCACAAUCUAACGGCUGACGUUAUCUCCAGGACUGCUUUCGGGAGCAGUUAUGAAGAGGGUAAGCUCAUCUUUCAAAUGCAAGAAGAACAGAUGCUCUUAGUCUCCCAAGCUCUACGGACUGUAUACAUUCCCGGCUUCAGGUUCAUGCCUACAAAGAAGAAUAGAAGGAGAUGGGCACUAGCUAAGGAGAUUAGACGGUCGGUAAGGAAGCUGAUUCAGAUCAAUGCAGAAGCGGUUGGAGAUUCAAGAAACCUUGUUGGUCUGAUGAUCGCCUCGAACAAGAACGAAGAGGAAGGAGAGAGGAUGGGCAUUGAAGAAAUCAUAGAUGAGUGUACGACAUUCUACUUCGCGGGGAAGGAAACGAGCGCUAACCUCCUAACGUGGGCACUCCUUCUACUGUCCAUGCACCAUGAUUGGCAAAUCAAGGCCCGCGAUGAAGUGAUCCGUUUCUGUGGACGCCAUGAUCAUCCUACCGCUGAGAAUUUAAACCACCUAAAGCUGGUGGGCAUGAUCCUCGACGAAACUCUCCGUCUUUACGCUCCGGCAGUAAUGCUGAUGAGGCAAACAUGCAAGGACGUUAAGCUAGGGACCCUCCACAUUCCAGCAGACACACAACUCUACCUGCCCAUGAUCGCCGUCCAUCGCGACGUUGAACUAUGGGGCGAAGACGCAGAGCGGUUCAAUCCAUUGAGGUUUUCUGACCCACGAAAGCAUUUGGCUGCAUUUUUCCCAUUUGGUCUGGGUCCCAGGGUCUGUGUGGGCCAGAACUUGGCCAUGGCCGAGGCCAAAAUAGCAGUGGCCAUGAUUCUCCAACGGUUCUCAUUCACCGUCGCAACAUCUUAUGUUCAUGCUCCAAUGCAGCUUCUCACGGUACAACCUCAAUAUGGUGUACAAAUUCUCUUUCAAAUGAUAUGAAAUUCUAUGUAGAUAAGGAUUCUGUA